AUGUUAGAUGAACUAUAUAAAGCAAAAGAUGAAGUCAUUGAAUCCAAAGACAAAAGCAUACAGAAAAGAAUACCGCGUUCAGUACCAAAAGGAAAGGAAAAGAGUUAUAAGUAUAUGAUAUAUACUGAAGAGUUGGAGAAAGAAGAAGACAGAGAUAUGGUUAUGUUGCAUUUAGUGAGAAGAAACAACAAGAGCUUUUACGACUUAGCUAAGAUAUAUAAAUCUGACAGAAACUGGUUCUAUCGUGAAAACUUACCGAUUUCAAUGACACCGAAUGAACAAAUAAAGGAAAUUGUCAAAAAUACUCUUCCUGAAACACACUAUGACAUCAAAGGUUGCACAAUACUUACAUUCAAAGAAGACUUAACAUUACUGAAGGAAAAAAUAACAGAAUAUUUCGACAACUUCAAAGAGGAAGAAUGA